AUGUCAAGCGAAGAAUUACAGCAACUUGAAAAUUCUAUUGGAAAAAUUAUAUCAAUAAAUUCGUUUUUCUCUACUACAAUGAUAGAAAAACAAGCACUUCAAUUUGUUACAGUAACGUGUGAACCACCGAAUAAUCGAUUAGAAAAAGUUUUAUUCAAGAUUACGGCUGAUCCUCGCGUUGGUUCUACGAAACCAUUUGCUAAUAUUCGUAACAUGAGCUAUUUUCCCAAUGAAUCAGAAGUGUUAUUUAUGCUGGGUUCAAUAUUUCAACUCAAUGAAGUUGAACGUAACCAGGGCGAAGAUGGUAAAUUAGCAAUUAUUCGAAUGUCAUUGUGCGGCAAUACUAAUGAUGAUUUUAAUAAACUAUAUGAUUAUAUGAAGGAGCAAAACGGAACCGAAGAAACCAAUCUCUUAUCAUUGGGUCAUGUUCUAUGUUCGAUGGGACAAUUUAAUCUGGCAGAACAGUAUUGUCAUCGAUUUCUUAAAGAGCUUUCGUUAGUGGAUUCUUUACGUGUCGAUGUCUAUUGUGAACUUGGUAUAAUUGCUAAAUCGACAGAACAAUAUGAUAAGAGUCUUGAACUAUAUCAUAAAGCAUUAGAGUGUUCAAUGCAGAGCCGUCCAUCGGAUCAUGUGGCUAUUGCUAAUAUUCAUAAUAGCAUCGGUGAAGUUCAUUGGGCAAAGGACGAGCAAAAUCAAGCACUUGAAUCGUUUAAACAAGCUAUAGCAAUCUUGGAGCAAGCACAUCUUGACAUGCAUCACGAUAUGGCUUUGUUCCAAGACAACAUCGGUCGUGCUUAUGAAUAUCAAAAGAAAUAUUCUGAAGCUGUAGUUUACUAUGCAAGAUCAUUAAUGAUUCGACAAAAGUGUUUACCAUCUGAUGAUCCUGAGUUGGCUAUGUCGUUUACAAAUGUUGGUAGCAUGCGCCUCUGUCUCAAUAUGCCAGAUCUUGCAUCCGCACACUUGAAACGAGCACUGGAAAUCCGAAGAAAGAAACUUCCUUCACAACAUCCAGACAUUGCAGUAUCCGAAAAAAACUUGGGUGAUUUGUAUGAACGUCAGGGAAAAAGUGAACUAGCGCGAAAACAUUUUAUGCAAGCACUCGAAAUUCAAAAAAAUUCACUUCCGUAUGAUCAUCCAGAUAUUGCAAAAACAGAGAAACAUCUGGGUGAUUUCUAUGAACAUCAUGGCGAAUACC